CUGGAGAUGGAUCAGCACCACCUGUGGAUCUGCUUCCUUUGCCUGCAAACCUGGUCUGAAGCGGCAGAAAGAGGAACAGAUUCGUCGGUGGUGACUGGGAUUCUUGGGGAGUCAGUUACUUUCCCCAUAGUUAUUCAAGAACCACAGAAAAUUAAUAGCAUUGCCUGGACGUGUGAAUCAUCUGUUGCUUUUGUAAAACCAGGAGUCCAAGGAGCACCACCUGACGUUACUGUGACCCAUCUCAGUUAUAAAGGACGAAUAAAAGUCAUAGAUCAGAACUACAGUCUGGUCAUUGGGGACCUGAGAAUGGAAGAUGCAGGAAUUUACAAAGCAGACAUAAAUGAGGAGAACUCUGACCACACCAUCACCAAGCGUUACCACCUUCAAAUCUACCGUCGGCUUGAAAAACCAACAAUUACACAGAGUUCAAUAACGUCUGUAAACAAUACUUGUAAUGUCACCCUGACAUGCUCUGUGGGAAAAGAAGAGAAAAAUGUGACAUACAGUUGGAGUCCCUCUGGAGAGAAAAGCAAUGUCCUUCAAAUCUUCCAGUCCCCUGAGGACAAAAAACUAAUUUACACAUGCAUGGCCAAGAACCCUGUCAGCAACAAUUCUGACUCCAUCACUGUCCAGAAACUCUGUGCAGACACUCCAAGCUUCCAAUCUCACCAUGCUGGGUCCUCAAGUGGACUGGCUGCACUCUCUCUGCCUAUUCUCAUUCCGAUUCUGGUGCUUCUGUUCUAUUUGUACAAGAGAAAGCAAGGUACUUUGGGAGAGGAAACAGUAUAUUCCCCAGUUUCAAAAAAUGCUUCUCACAGAGAGUCCAGAAUCUAUGAUGAAAUCCCUGAGUCCAAGGUGUUGUCCUGUAAGGAAGAGCCAAUAAACACCAUUUACUCCUCAGUGCAGGCUUCUGAGAAGAUGAGGAAAAGCAACAUGAAGGAUGACAGACCUCCCAAGACUUUGGAUAAUGAAAUUGUCUAGUUAAACAGACAGUAUUAUCCCUGUGGAGACUAAGUUACAACCAGUGUGAGGACAGGUGUCCUAGACACCCAGACCUUCCCUGGCUGCCCCCUUAGCUGGACAUUGCAAAUCACCCCACUUCAGCAUACAAGCAGAGCAAGAAACUUCCACUAGUUUUUAAACUCUAUUUCAUUUGGCAUAUUUAAGCCUCUACCUCCCUUCCAUCAACCCUUUAGCUAGGUAAGAGGGAGAAGGUUAGUGGGGAGAGGGAUUCAGAGACCUCUUUAAUCUCCUCCCCCCUUCCCCACCACUGUUUAAGGUCAAUGGGUUCUUUUAGGGCUUUGCCAAUCUCUGUCAACAACAAAUGCAGCCAGCAGACUCCUCCAAGCUGCUUCACUGAAACAUUUCUCUCCAUCGGUCUCCUCCAAGCCACCAUAACACUUCUCUCUACCUGUCUCUUCCAAGCCACCACACCAUCCAUCUCUGGUCUCUCCAACUUGCCAUACCUUCUCUUUUUGGGCUCUCAUAUUUAUAUAUACCUCAGCAUCCUAGACCACACCCUUCUCCAUGGUGCACUAGGCAGGCAGUUACCAGCUGGCAAAGGCCAUACCCCGAAGGAGGCAGUUAUCAGCUGUGGACAAACUAAAAUCCCACAUGUGAGAUUAAAACAAAAACACAUUUAUAUAACAUAACUGAGUUUUUAAAGAAACCAAAACCUCCAUUAUAAAGUGUAGGCUGCAUGGAAACCCCCACUCUUUCCUCAGCUCAGGAAGCAUCAUGCAACUGCCACUAUUAGCCAAAUAUACUACACACACAUGCUAUUUGGAAAGCUGUGGGCUGUGGCCCUUUGGCCAGGUAGAUACAUCCUCUUAGUGUAGAAUUAGAAUAUGUCCUUUCUGUAGAGACUAGAGCAUUGGAGAUCUUCAGAAGCCUCACAGGAUUUCCUUUCUGGUCAAGGUUUCUUUCCCCAUGUUAUUACUUCACUCAGCCUCAGAGGAAAGAUGCCUUGCUCAAGAGCUUCAUUCUCCAAAAAGAAUUGGGUGGCUACAUUUCUGACACUUUGAGGGAAGUGGGUGUAACUAGGCCAUCAUCACAAGAGAUCUUGAAGAAUGCAGAGUCAUUUCCAUUCCUAAGAGGGAACUUGAAAGAAAACAGUGCAGAUGGUGAAACCGGGUUCAUUCCAGUUCCUAUGUUUCAGCUCAGAGAAGAACAGGGUUCAAACUGAGGUUGAGUUCCUUCACUCCAGCGGCUCCUCAAACUCAAAAACCAGGUGGCUAGCCAUGAGGAAGAAUCCUCUAGCUGGAAAGGAUAGCCUGUGAUCAUUCAAGGACAUGUUUGUCUUUUGUGUUAACAGUCCUUACCAGCUAAAUCCUAAAUGUGCAUGGACAAUCCCAAGCUGUACAGCAGGAAUGAGCUAUAUUUAGGUAUAAUGGAGUUGGUGUCUCACCAAGGCAUUUGAAGAUGUGAGAGAUAUUGCUAAAUUGUUCUCUGAAAAAGUUGAACUGACUUAUUUUCACUCAUAUAUCCUUGCUCUAUCUGACAGGUAAAAUUUUUGUUAAAUACUUGUAAGUAAAAGGCAGCUCAUGCUUAAACAUUAUUGAUGACUGCAUUCAUUCCAUUUUGAAAAUCUAUUGAUACCUGUCAGGUCCCACAGAAACCCUGGACAAAUGACUAACUGGAGUGCCUUUUAGCAUAUCAAAGAGCAUUCUGAACAGGCUUGCUCAGACCUGUGGCUCCUCUAUGCUCUCUUCUCAGCCCCACCCCCUAUCCUAACCCUUCCAGAUAAAGAAUUUCCCAUUCCUUCUCCCAGCUUCUGAUUCCUGUAUAACCCAUCCAUCUCAGCCAUGCUCUCUUUCAGCUCUUCCCUCUCUCUUAGUCUUCUUAGCCCUCUCUCCUCUCUCUUGUUCUCACCCUGUCUCUCCUCUCAUAGCCUGGUUUAUUCUGCUGACCAUGUUCAAUCUACUUUCUCUCUCUGCUCUGGACUCUUUCAGAUGCCUCUAGAUGUACACUCCCUCCCAUCAACACUACAAACCUUCUCCUUGUUUGGUUUCAGGAAGCCCUAGGUCCCUAUCUGCUGCAGGGCAUGGCUGGCAUACCCUGCCCUAUAACCUGAAUUCCCUAGCCCUGGGGGUGGGGAGCGCUUCCCUUCUUCCAGAGGCUUUUCAUUAUAUAAUCCAGACAUUUUGGUUCCUCUCUCUCUCUCUCUUUCUCUCCUGCUCUCUUCUCUCUUUUUUCUAUUUGUCCUCUCUCCCUUCUCCUCCUCCUCUCUCCUCUCUCUGUGAGCGCUUUUCUCUCUCCUUCCCUCUACAUGGUAGCUGCUCCAAUAAACCCGCACUUAUAUACUGACACUUCAUUUUUGAAAUUAGCCCAUUCUGCUGUUUCAAUCACCUGGUGCCUGUGACUCGGAGGAAGUUGACCCUACCUAAGCUGGACACAUGGGGCCACUCCCUUCACCUCAUCUUUCUCUGUCUGAUUUGCCUGGAAACCUGGGAGGAGUUGAGGCCCAGACCGGUAACCCAGGUCUUCCCUGGCCAUAUGGGGACUACUCCUCUCCUCUUAUUUCCCUCUCCACUUGUUGCAACUUUGGACUCAGUGAGUGACCCAUCCCCCAGCUACUGCCAGGAGAUACCAAGGGGAUCCAGGACCCCUUGGACUUGCUCUGCCAAGAUGUGGUCAUGCUAGGACUAGUCUGUCUGGAACCAGGCCUUUGUUCUGGGGUAACCUUACGUUUUGGAGAUGUCUGAUUGUAGGUUAAUCCCACCAAAUUGCCAAUCCCAAAGGAUUGAAUUGGGACACUACAUCCAUACUAUUGGGAUUCUGGCAAACGCUGCUAAGAUAGGUGCCCCUGCGUGUCUUCGGGAAUUUUUCCAAACUACCAGGUUUGGGGGAACUAUUCUCUUGUCCCUCCCCCUCUUCCACCUCUUGUGGCUGCUUUCUACACACAAGGCUCCUACCCCCUCCCCCUCUACCCCACUACCCUCCCACCCAUUCAUGGUCUCUCUAGGCGGCAGUGGCAGCAGCAGUGGCAGCAGCACCGGCACUGGUGGUGGUUUUAAAUCGACCAUGGCCAGCCACUAACAAUGCUGACUUUGAGAUGAAGAGGAUAGAGCCACGGCCCCACUGCCACCUUGACUAAGGGCAGGCACAUGACUGGCAGCCAUCUUGGUUGUGGGAGAGUUGUUUCACCGCCAUCUUUAUUGAGGGCUGCCAGGUGCUUUCAGUACCAUGCAGACAAAUAAAACUUCUGUUUUAAACUUUGGCUGUUUGGCCUGUAAUUAUGCAAUAUGAUAGGAUCAUCAGGAUUGCCAGUCUCUCUAUGAACUGUACCUAUGAUUGAAAGUUUUGCUUUAAUACUAGUUUAGAAAUAAUUUGAAGUCAUGCUAAGAACUGAUGCAGUUAAUUACAAGAUUAAGCUUUACUUAGUCUCUUGUUUUACAUCUUCAAGGUUACCCCUAGGAAAGGUAACUAAAAACAAGCAGUUUGUUUAGCUCAGCUGUACUUAAUAGAUUAUGGUCCUCAAACCUGUCAGAGAACCUGCAGAACAUGAUAUUUAAAUGUUUAAUUAAAAAAAAAAAAACUUACUAUGACAGAGACCCCAGCUUCUAGCAGUGAUCCCAAGGCCUCUGAGAACUGGGCACAAUGACAGAAGAUUACACCUGGAUUGUGAUACUGGGCAAGACUGCCCCAAUGCCUCACCCUCUGCUAAGGCCCUGCACAAACUGUGGACAAACUGGACAUCCAAAAGUUGACUGCCCUGUUUUGCCUAGACAAAAUAAUGUCAGUCAUUCUCUAAGUUCCUCCUUCACAGUAUAGUCUCUCAGAUUUGCCAGGCCUGGCAACCAAAAACUGACACUGCCCUAGAACCUGUGCCCACAACGAAGUCAUCAACACCACAGCGAAGGUUGUGUAGAUAAUGGUUAAGCCUCUGUCGUAUUAAUCAAUAGGCCGCUUGGAUUUGCUUCCUGCAGUGAUAUAUCUUUCUCAGCUCUCUGAUGGAUCUGAAGAUCAGUUUAACAGCAGAAACCAAGGUUUCCGCUGCCGUCUCAGAAAAGUAUAAAGUUUAUGUAAGGUCAGCUGUGGGGCUUCCCCUCUCCCAGUGGCUCUUCACUAUAUAAUCCAGGUAUUUUGGUUAUCCCCUCUCUCUCUCUCUCCUCUCUCUUUCUGUAUCUCUCCUCUCUUCCUUCUCCUUCUCUCUCUCCUCUCUCUGUAUGUACUUUUCUCUCUCUUUUCCUCCCUCUGCAUGGUGGCCAAGUGCUGUGUCCAAUAAGCCUGCCUUUAUAUAUUAUAACUUCAUCUUGCCAUUAGCUCAUUUUGUCAGUUCAUUCACUCCUCAACCAUACCUAGGAGCAGCCAUGUCCUCAUUUUCAUUUAUUCAGCAGUUUCUCUCAUUGUAUUGGAAGUUUGGGUUUCUUUAAAAACUCAGUUAUAUUAUAUAAGCAGGUUUUUUAUUUAAUCCCAUAAGGGGAUAUGGACCCACUCAGCUAGAGUGUAUACCCCACCCCUGUUCAUUUACAUGUGCCCCAAUUUUCUCAAAUGGUACCUCCUCUAAGAAGCUUUUCCUGGCAUAAACAGUCAGAAUUUUGUACUUUUUCUCUCCCUGUUGGUCCUUUCUUCACUCUAACUCAUUUCAUUUUGACUUGCAAAAGAAGCAAUUUUUUGUUUUCCUUUGUGUGACAAACACAAUUUAAAAAAAAAAUCUGUUACUUUUAUUUAUCAGUUUCCAUUUGCAUUUGCCAUCACCGAACAUAACACAUGUAAGAGCCUUUGUUAAAAUAAUAAAUGCUGUUGCAUAGAAUUCAGAGUGACCUGUCAGCUCAGAAAAAGGCACACAUUGAAAGUAAAGAUGGAUAGAAGCCAAUAGACAUAGGGAAACAAAAUUACACUAAACAUUAUUCAUAAAGAUGCAAACAUCAGAUACAGCCUUAGUGUAAGAGCAUUUGGAAGGAAGAGACUUUCUGACAAACCACAACUAAGAGGCUAUCAAAAGCCAGGUGUAAUGAUGAAUUGCCUAUAAUCGCAGCACUGAAGUGGCAAAGGCAAGAGGAUUCAAGGCCAGCUGCAGCUACACAGCCAGUUCAAAGCCAUCCUCGGCUACAUGAGACUUCCAUUUUUAAAACAAACAGACAGACAGACAGACACAUAGACUUUUUUCUUCUCCUUGGAACAUGGCCUGUGCAUGAGGUCAGCUGAAGUGAUGAAGUGAUGAAGACGCAGUGCCCUGGAAAGGUACCUGUAGAAAGGAAUAAGAGACUUGGUCAUAAAGGAUAGAGCAAAAUCAAAGUAACUUCUCAGAAUCACUCCUCUUCCGGAAGUUGAAUUGAAGAGUCCCUCCUGGACAGAACACAUUCUCCAACUUGCCAUUUCUUCUCCCUGAUGAGCUCAAUGAAAUUUCCAGCAUCUUAAAGCUCUGGUGUAAGAAGUGGUCGAAGAGAGAACACAGGAUUGGAGCCUACUAUAGAGGGUCCUCUGAAAGGAUUCACCCAACAGGGGAUCAAAGCAGAUGCUGAGACUCAGGGUCAAACUUUGGGCAGAGCACAGGGAGUCUUAUGGAGGAUGAAAGGGGUGGGAAUAGAGCAACAUGGAGGGGACAGGAGCCCCAUACGAAGAUCAAACAAACUAAAAUGUAUGAGCCCAGGGGGUCUUGCAGUGACUGAUGCACCAACGAAGGACAAUACAUGGAGAGGACCUAGACCCCCUGCUCAGAUGUGACCGAUUGGCAGCUCAGUCUCCAUGUGGAUCUCUUGAGUGAGGGGAGCAGGGGCUGCCUCUAUCAUGAACUCAGUUGUCUGCUCUUUGAUCACUGCCCCUGGUGAUGCGGCCUUGCCAGGCCACAGAGGAAGAGGAUCCAGGCAGUCCUGAUGAGACUUAACAAGCUCUGGGCAGAUGGCAAUGAUGAAGAACUCCUCCUUUCAAUGGACUAGGGAAAGAG